UGCCCACCCCCUACCCCCGCGCGCGCGCGCAUGCGCUGUGCGCGACCCGGACCGCGGGGUUCUCAGAACCUCGCCGGGGUUUGUGAGAGGGAACCAACAACAAAAAUUUAAUCACGAAAAAAAUCAACAAACGACCAAGGCGCGCAGCCUCGACGGCCAUCAACAAAAGAAAUCAACUGCUGAAGCAAUCAUUGUCUCCCUCCACCACCACCCCACCACCACCAACUCCUCGGGGCCCCCGUUGAUCUUCCCGCAUGGAGGCGACGCCGAGACACCGAGGCCGAGACGGGGUAGGCCCUACGGUCGGCCCUGGGGCACCUACCGAGGACGGCGCGCCCAUUCCCGCGGAGCCGCUAUCCGAGAGCCGGUGUCCCGACCUCCACCCCUUCGAGCACGUCAUCCAAUACAGCCGCGCGGACAAGCUACGCAUCGGCCUCAUGUCGGUGACGCUCUUCCCCAUCCGGCUGCUGCUGGCCGCGUUCAUGAUGCUGCUCGCGUGGCCCUUCGCCUUCAUGGCCAGCCUGUGGCGCACCAAAGCCAACGCCGACCAGCCCUUCCCGUGGUGGCUCAAGCUGCUCGACAUCCCGCUCAUCAGCAUCAUGCGGGGCCUGUGGUUCGUGGGCGGCUUCCACUGGGUCAAGGUGAAGGGCCGCCCGGCGUCCACCGAGGAGGCCCCCAUCGUUGCGGUGGCGCCGCACUCAUCCUACUUCGACGCCAUCCCCGUCACCAUGGGCAUGUCCUCCAUCGUGGCCAAGAGCGAGAGCCAGGAGGUCCCCAUCUGGGGCACGCUCAUCAAGUACGUGCAGCCCGUGUUCGUGUCCCGCGACGAUCCCAACUCUCGGCGGAACACCGUGGAGGAGAUCAAGCGACGAGCGGCCACCAAGGGGAAGUGGCCUCCGAUCAUGAUCUUCCCAGAAGGAACGUGCACCAACAGGACCUGCCUGAUCAAGUUCAAACCAGGCGCUUUCAUUCCUGGUGUGCCGAUCCAGCCGGUGGUGUUGCGAUACGGAAACAAAAUGGACACGAUAACUUGGACUUGGCAUGGACCGACGGCCCUGCAGAUAUUGUGGCUCACGCUUUGCCAGCCACAUAACCGCAUUGAAAUUGAGUUCCUGCCCGUCUACUACCCGAGCGACGAGGAGAAGCGGGACCCCACCCUCUUCGGCAGCAACGUGCGGAGAAUCAUGGCCAGGGCGCUGCGCGUGCCGCUCUCGGACGUGACCCUGGAGAGCUACCUGGCCCAGCGAGACCGCCGCGAGGCCUCGCAGGACACGGCGGCCACGGCGGACGUGGGCGCGCUGCUCCGCUCGCUACGCCUGGCUGCAGAGAACGGCGUGGAGCGGCGCGUGCGGGCGGCGGGUGCCCCCCCGGCGAGCGUGGAGGAGUUUGCCCGCUUCCUGGAGCGGCCGGUGACGGAGGCCCUCCGGCAGCUGUUCAGCACGCUUGACGCGGACGGCGAUGGGAAGGUGGACCUCCUGCAAGCGGUGGACCGUCUGUGGGGCCACCGAGACAGCAUGGAGACGGGGGGUGGGGGCUUGGGCGACGGGGUAACAGGCGUCUCGACCGCAGCGGCCUGCGCCGAUUUCUCUCCCUCCGACGACAAGAAAUCCGUCUGACCGCGCACGCACACACACACACACACGCGCGUACACGCGUACACGAUCGCCGUGAAGCUGGUGUGCGUGAGUACUUACGCACGUACGCACACACGUAUGUACGUAUGUGUGUAUGUCUUUACGUACGUGCGUGCGUGUGUACGUGCGUGCUGGAUGGACGAGAGACGGAGAUGUGGGCGCGUCUAGUGGAACGCGCGUUUGUCUCAUUCGUAUUUAUUAGUUAUUGCAAACAUCUGCAGUACUUCUAUAUUUGUAAGCAAAAUGAUUGUUGCUGGAUUUUGCAAAAAUAUUACACGGUGGGGGGGGGGGGGGGGGGGGGU